AGCGACGCGCCAGAUUUGGAAUGGCGGCAAUUGAAAAUAGAAGCUUGAACUAUGCAAACGUCUAUUAUUUAUCAGUGGCGACGAGGAUAACGGAACGAUAUUCGGUGCAGAAUAAAGUCUUAAAUUAUUGUGGUAUAGUGCUUUGGGGGUGAUUAAAAAUGUCUGUUGGGAAAGUUCGAGAUUUUGACAUAAAAAAAUGGGAAUUGGUCGGCGUACGUCGAUCGUCUCGAAAUGUAUUUUGUUGCUAACAAAAUAGCGGAAGAUUUGAAGUUACCAACAUUAAUAGCUCUUAUCGGCGAACCGGCUUAUGAGUUACUGUCUACUUUGGCGAGCCCGAGAAAACCAUCAACCCUGAAAUAUAAAGAAGCGGUGGAAUUACUGCAAGCACAUCUACAGCCGAAACCAUCAAUUCUCGCGGAGAGGUAUAGGUUCCGACAAAGACGCCAAUCAGCGGGAGAAACGAUAGCUGAUUACGUGGCAGAUUUGAAAAAGAUGUCACGUUAUUGUGAAUUCAAGAUCAAUUUAGAAGAAAAUUUGAGGGAUCAGUUUGUGUGCGGGUUACGUAGCGAAUAUAUACGUCAGAGGUUAUUCGCGGAAGAUAACAUAGAUUAUCAAAAAGCGCUAGUAUUAGCCAAUACUCUGGAGGCAGCUGAGCGGGACGCCGGGGCCGUAGAGGGAACGCAGGAACAAACUACCAGCCGGGAACUAAGCGAGAGAAUACACAAGUUGGAACUCAAUAAAUGUUCAGCCUGCGGGGUCAACGGUCAUGGGGCACAUAACUGUAGGUACAAGGAGUUCGAAUGUAGUUAUUGUGGACAACCUGGCCAUUUACGAAGAGUUUGUAGAAAAAAAGAAUUUGAUCGUCGCAUAAAAUCUACGAUUUCAAACCGCGGGAAUAAUGGCGCGCGAGGAAGGUCACGUAGAGGACGCGUGAUCGGGUCGAGCGCCUACGGAGCGGGUGUAUGGCGGAGCGGCAACAUGGCGCGCGGGGGGCGCAGCAACGCUCGCACCGCACGCAGCAACGACGUUACCGACGCGGCGUACUGGCUGAGCGAGCCAGCGAUGGAUGACAACUCCGGCUCGGAGCAAGACGUUGAGGGUACAAACGAGGAACCGAUGUAUCAAAUGUCACUAACCAACUAUAAACCGACAUGACAACCUAUUCGAUGGCACGUUGGGCAAAUAUACCGGUGAAGAAGUCAAGUUAUGCGUGCGGGAUGGGACCGAGCCAGUAUUUUGUCGAGCGCGCCCCGUGCCUUAUGCAUUGCUGGCGCGGGUCAAUGCUGAGUUAGACGCGAUGCUGCGCGCCGGCGUCAUCGAGCCCGUUGAACGGUCCGACUGGGCCACACCGCUAGUUAUAGCGAGGAAGGGAGACGGUGGAAUACGCUUAUGCGCGGAUUAUAAGGUGACACUUAACAAGGCUUUACUGGUUGACAGGUACCCGGUCCCGAAGGUAGAGGACUUAUUUAGUAAUUUGAGUGGCAAUCAUUAUUUUACUAAGCUAGAUUUGUCACAGGCUUACAAUCAAUUAAUUUUGGAUGAAACUUCUCGGAACUACACAGUAAUUAAUACACACAGAGGACUUUUUAAAUACAAUCGCCUCGUUUAUGGUCUCUCUUCCAGUCCGGGCAUUUUUCAAAAGUUCAUGAUGAAUCUCUUUAAAAACGUGCAGGACGUAGUCAUAUUCUAUGAUGAUAUUUUAAUAAAGAAUAAGUCAUUAGAAUCUCAUUUAGAAAGAGUUGAACAGGUUUUUAGUAUUUUAGAGAGGAAUGGGUUGAAAAUAAAAAAAGAAAAGUGUGAGUUUAUGGUAGGCCAAGUAAAAUAUUUAGGAUUCAUAAUUGAUAAACAUGGCGUACGGGUAGAUGCAAAUAAAAUAAAACCGAUCCUAUCUAUGCCCGACCCAACUAACGUCUCAGAGUUGAAGUCUUUUCUCGGUAUGGUUAAUUUCUAUGGAAAAUUCAUUAAGAAUUUGAGUACUCAUAUUACACCACUUUACGAAUUACUUAAGAAAGGUAAACAUUGGCAAUGGACUAAAACACAUAGAUAUGUGUUCAAUAAAAUUAAACAACUUCUAUGUAGUACUGAAGUAUUGACACACUUUGACAUAUCGCUGGAGAGCAUAGUAACAUGCGACGCGAGCGCACGCGGGCUGGGGGCCGUGCUGGCACAGCGCGCGUCUGACGGCAGCGAGCGGGUUGUGGCGUACGCAUCGCGGGCGCUCACUGCCGCGGAGUUACACUACAGCCAGAUACAUAAAGAAGCCUUGGCUAUAAUUUUCGCGGUAGACAAGUUUCAUCAGUAUCUUUAUGGCAGAAAGUUUACACUACGUACAGAUCAUAAACCGCUGGUCACAAUUUUUGGGCCCCAUGCAGGAAUACCGAACACGGCGGCGAGUCGUUUACAGCGGUGGGCCAUUAAACUAUCAGCUUACGAUUUUAAUAUAGAGUACAUUCGAUCAGAUAAAAACACGGCAGAUAUUUUGUCUAGGUUAAUUAGCACUCAUAAAGAAGGGGUUAUUAGUGAAGAAUUAGACACACCUGAACAAACGUAUUUACACUUUGCCGCGGAAGCAUUGUUAUUAGAUUAUCAAACGUUAAAAAAAGAAACCGUUUCGGAUAGUGUAUUGAGCAGAGUAGCCAGAUAUAUAAACGAUGGCUGGCCGGUCGAGGUCGAAAUGAAAGAAUUAAAACCAUAUUUUAACCGUAGAAAGGAAUUAUAUAUUGAGCUAGGGUGUGUAAUGUGGGGACAUAGGCUAGUAAUUCCUAGUACGUGUAGGAAUAAAGUGAUCGCUGAGCUUCAUGAGAGUCACAUGGGCAUAGUCAAAACUAAAUCGUUAGCGCGAAGUUACGUAUGGUGGCCGGGAAUAGACGAGGCACUAGAGACAGCAUGUUGCAGCUGCACCGUGUGCGCUGAAGUGGCGGACGCACCACCUGCGCAUGCGCCCCGCGCCUGGCCGUGGCCAGAUCGACCGUGGACCAGGAUACACGUAGACUUCUUAGGACCGGUAGCCGGUCUUACUUAUCUAGUGGUAGUCGAUGCACAUUCAAAGUGGAUUGAAGCUAUUAGAAUGCUGAGCACCACAUCGCAAGCGGUAAUAAAAGAAUUACGAGAGAUGUGGGCGAGAUUUGGGUUACCUAAACAAUUGGUUAGUGAUAAUGGCCCUCCGUUUUUCAGUGGAGAAUUUCAGCAAUUCUUAAAUAAUAAUGGUAUAGAACAUAUAUUUUCGGCACCUUAUCACCCAGCUUCUAAUGGGGCAGCGGAAAACGCUGUUAAAAUUUGUAAAAAGAGCAUUAAAAAGGCGAUUAAAUCGAAAUCCGACGUACACUCCACAUUGUGUCGUUUUCUGCUGGCGUACAGAAACACACCACACUAUACAACCGGGGAAAGCCCCGCCAAGAUGUUAUUAGGGCGCAACUUGCGCAUGCGGUUAGAUUGUUUGAAACCAGACCAGAAGGCACUUAUUAGAGCUCGCCAAGAGACAGUAGAAGCUACAUCGAGUGGCGUCACAAGACAGUUUAAUCCGGGGGACCUUGUAUGGUUCAGAGAAUACCGUAGCUCAAACAAGUGGUCUGCAGGGACUGUUAUAGAGAAAACAGGUAGUACAGAUUAUAAUGUUAAAUCUAUCCACGGCACUGAGGUGCAUAGACACAUUGACCAACUAAAACCAAGAGUGAUAAAUAGGACAGCUAGGCUAGUAGAUGCAAACUUUAGGAACUUUCAACCAGUUCAGCCUGUUAAGAGCUCUCGCUCUUCUCUCGUGUUUCCUUCGGACAAUAAUCGAGCGCCGAACACAGAACCGGACCGGACAAACGGAACCAGCUUGACGAAAGCAUUGGUCGAGGAAACAUCCCGCACGCAAACAGACGGAAGUGAUUUGGUUACAAGUGAACCCUUGUCAACGUCAAGUGUACCUUUAAAUAUGCCCAAGGUGCAGGAGACGGGUAGUCCUAGGGUUCCUAUUACUCGGGAUAUACGAACUAGUAAUCGUACACGCAAACCGGUUAAGAGAUAUGGGUUUGAUGAUGAUUGAAGUAAGAAAAUAUAUUAUAAGAUUGUUAAGAUUAUUAUUGAUAUGUUGUUUAAUAUAAUUUAGUAAGUAAGUUU